GUUCUUCUCACUUCAUCACACACAGCGGCACGCGACCCAACGCCAGCCAGCACAUACAAGCGCCGUACGUAUAAUCCUGCCGCAAAACUUGAAUAUACGGGAAGAAGUAGCGAGAGAGAGAGAGGGAGGGAGGAGAUGGGUGUGGAUUACUACAAGGUGUUGCAGGUGGACAAGGGCGCCAGGGACGAUGACCUGAAGAAGGCGUACCGGAAGCUCGCCAUGAAGUGGCACCCGGACAAGAACCCCACCAACAAGAAGGAGGCCGAGGCCAAGUUCAAACAGAUCUCCGAAGCCUACGAGGUUUUGAGUGAUCCUCAGAAGAGAGCAAUUUACGACCAGUAUGGUGAAGAAGGACUGAAAGGCCAAGUUCCACCGCCCGGUGCCGGUGGUCCGGGAGGAGCAACCUUCUUCCAAACCGGGGAAGGCCCGAACGUCUUUAGGUUUAACCCGAGGGAUGCGAAUGACAUAUUCGCGGAGUUCUUCGGGUCCUCGAGCCCGUUUGGAGGUAUGGGAGGGAUUGGAAUGAGGGGCGGUUCGAGAUCGUUUGGAGGAAUGUUUGGAGAUGAUAUAUUCGGCUCAUUCGGAGAAGGUAGGCCGAUGAGUCAGGGUCCUCGUAAGGCUCUGCCUAUUGAAAAUAAAUUGCCUUGCAGCCUCGAGGAGCUCUACAAAGGGACGACAAAGAAGAUGAAGAUCUCUAGGGAGAUUGCAGAUGCUAGCGGAAAAACUAUGCCAGUGGAGGAAAUUCUAUCCAUUGAAAUAAAGCCUGGGUGGAAGAAGGGCACAAAGAUUACAUUUCCGGAAAAGGGAAAUGAACAACCUGGUAUGAUUCCCGCUGAUCUCGUCUUUGUGAUCGACGAGAAGCCGCAUAGCACCUUCACAAGGGAUGGCAACGACUUAGUCGUGACGCAGAAGAUAGUGCUUGCGGAGGCACUUACAGGGUACACGGUUCACCUCACCACAUUAGAUGGAAGAAACCUGACCAUACCCAUCAACAAUGUGAUCCAUCCGAGCUACGAGGAGGUCCUUCCUAGAGAAGGGAUGCCCAUACCAAAAGAACCGUCGAGGAGAGGGAACUUGCGGAUCAAGUUCAACAUCAAAUUCCCAUCGAGGUUAACUGCCGAGCAGAAGGCCGGGAUCAAAAAACUUCUGGGUCCUUGAUUAGUUCGAUUCUUGUUUGAGUUUGAAAUGAUGUGCAUAUCGUUUUUGAUGAACCAUUCAUAUAAAUAUCGAGUGAGUUGGAAUUGUAACGUAACUCAGGUUGCCCCUGGGGCCAAAUGAAUAAGGGAUACAUUGAGAAGCUGGGUCUUUGAAGAAAGACAUUAGCACUUAGCAGGCCAGCUCCUUUAAUGUGGUUACAACUUUGUCAUUUGUUAGAAGUCCAACAUUGUGAAAAACUGUGUUCUUCAAUGAUUUCGGCAUGAGAUUGAUCCUGUA